AUGGCGUCGCAGGCGGUGAUCUGGUUGUGCAGCGAGGCGAUGUUCUCGCUCUCCUUGAUGUCUGCGAGGGCGGGUGAAGGAUUUGGGGACGUUUUGGGGACGUUGGGGACAUCGGGGACAUGGGGUCCCCCCCCUCCGGUGACGGCCACCCCCCUCCCAAACGGAAGGAUACAGUCGCGGAUGGAAGCGCGCUCCACCUCCUGCAGCUCCAGCUCCACUUGCUUGGAGUACUGGCGCAGGUCCACGCCCUGCGGGGACGGCAGUGUCACCGGGGAGGGGACACCGGGAGGGGGGGACGACGCCUCUCUCGUCAUCCCCGAGAAGUUCCAGCACAUUCUCCGCGUCCUCAACACCAACAUCGACGGGCGCCGCAAAAUCGCCUUCGCCAUCACCGCCAUCAAGGGCGUGGGGCGCCGCUACGCCCACGUGGUGCUGCGCAAAGCCGACAUCGACCUCACCAAGCGAGCGGGCGAGCUGACCGAGGACGAGGUGGAGCGGGUCAUCACCAUCAUGCAGAACCCUCGCCAGUACAAGAUCCCCGACUGGUUCCUCAACCGGCAAAAGGACGUGAAGGACGGGAAGUACAGCCAGGUGCUGGCCAACGGCUUGGAUAAUAAAUUGCGCGAGGAUUUGGAGCGGCUGAAGAAAAUCCGGGCGCAUCGGGGGCUGCGACACUUC